AAAUAAAGCUAAUAACAAAAUGGGGUCGGCGAUGUAGGGUUAGGACGGCCUUUAGAUUUGGGUGCUGGGAUUUAGACUAGAUCUAGGUUUAGAUUUGAAGUGUUAGGAACUGGGUCAAUAUAUAGGUCAAAAUAGAACACAGCUUUGUAAGCAUUUGGAAUUUAGGCUGACAUUAGGGUAAAGUUAAAGCAUGGAGUUGAUGGGCAUCACACGGGAGGCUACCUAUCUCUGGACACAUGAGAACAAAGGUCCUUGUGGAAGCACACUACCCAGCCACCAAAAACAGUCCGCUAACACAAGGUUACCAUGGCGACAGAGUAGAUACGUCCCAGCGACAACCACCGUCUCCACAUGCCCGAUAACUUCUGAACCUUUACUUCCACUUAGCACUGCAGCUCUUCCCAACAGGGAUGUGCCAGACGUGGCUCCAACUUCCUGCUAUUCGCAAAGGCAGCUGGGAAACAACAUCUUUUUCCCCUACAGGAAACAGAUCGUUGCGAGUAAAAUAAUAACACUGCCAGAGCCACCCGAUGACGCAGAACAUAUGCUAUCCCAGCAUGCAGGUUUGUAUGUAGGCCAAUAUCCAGCCAGCCAGGAUGUGUCUGUCCUAUCCAUCUCCAAGGCUGUGCCAUCUUUACGUCGCGACCCUGAACUUCCGAUGACCCCGAACGUAGGACGCAGCGUCCAGCUUGAAGAGUUUGUCCGAGCUUAUGGGGCUUCGAAUGGCUGCUAUCCACCUCCCCCAAGCAACGCGGCCCACAAAACCCUAGAUCAUGGCCAACAACAGCAGGUGGAGCAUACCAAACAGGCCUACUCUGGCAGCUCCUACAAUUCCCCAACCUCGCACUUCUCCUCCGACAUGCGGUUCAUGAAGAACGCCAUGAGGGCCCACCGAAGAGACAAGCAGCUUCAGAUGAACAGAGGUGUGCCCAUCGACGGGGACCGGGUCGUCAAUGAAGGCGACACAGACUGGCACCGUGUGAUGAUGCUGGAUGGCCGUUCCAGGCCUUGCCCAGACGACCCUGAACACGAUCGCUCGCAGAGCUUCAGAAUUCCAGACGGUAUGGGUGGAGUCUGUUACAUUUACCCUAAUAAGCCAGCGUCGGAUACACAAGAGGGUAAGCCAACAUGUGGAGGCGGGAAGAUGGCGCCGAGCGGACAGAAGGUAAUUGAUAGUGCACUCGAGGAUACUAUUAAGCAAAUGAAGACCAUCUCUUUAGCCAGGGAUGUUUUAUACGAACGUCUCAUCAUUAGCGACGCAGCCAUCCAUGAGUUAAAACAGAAAAUCUACAGCUUGCCUUCAUGUGACAGGUCAAUUGAUUCUCCAGAUCUUCUUAAGAUAAACGACCUUCAGAAGUAUCAUGAUCACCUGCUGAAUGAGAUAAGACGGCACGAUCGAGAGUUAAAUAAAUUAUGGAAGCAUCAAUUCGAACUGGAAACCACGCUGACCAACCAACUUCUAGAUGAGGUCAAGUCCGCUUCCAUAGUCCCCAGUAAUUAGUUCAGAAAUUCUCGAAUGUUGAAUGUCGCCCACCCAAAUAUUUUAUAUUAUCUAAAAUAAUUAGAUCUAUAGGGAACCAGCGUAUUUUGUUCAAUGUACUUCCUAUAUAAAAAAAAAUAUUUUCUAUCUGGACGUAUGUGUAGUCACAAGAGGUAUAAAUGAUGCGAGGCCGACGUAUUUAUAGUAGAGUCAGCACAAAAAGUUUGUACUUCUUAUGUUCAUGAGUUCAGAAAGUAAACAGCAAACGUUGAAACCGCAAUGCUCCUUGAAACAAAAAUUUGGCGACGGAAACGACCAGAUAAUUUUAUUUUCGUCUCUUGUAUGUACAUGUGUGUGUGUGUGUGUACGUGUGGUGUGCGUUUGUUUCUGUGGUUUUUUUUUUAACGCUUGUCUAUGUUUUAAGAUCGUCCCUCAUUAAAAAAAAACGCAAUAUUUGAAUUUAUUUGAUCCAGACCAAAGAGACUCAAUAUAAAGUGUAGGACCAAAUAAUUUUAUUUUCGUCUCUUGUAUGUACAUGUGUGUGUGUGUGUGGUGUGCGUUGUUUCUGUGUUUUUUUUUAACGCAUGUCUAUGUCCAGACCAAAGAGACUCAAUAUAAAGUGUAGGUCUAAUAAUGUCCUUCGACCAAUAUUUUUUUGCUGUUAAAGAAAGCUUUAUUUUUUCUUCCUUAAAUAUUUUCCUUACUUUUUUUUCGGACUAAAUGCUAUGUACACGUCUGAAACCAGGCUACACACACGUUCAAUGGGAUACACUCUAAUAUGCCACCUCUGAGAGAUCUUCUGCUUAUGUAAAAAAAAAAUAUGUUCAACCUGUUUAAUCUGUUAGUUACUUAGAAACUAGUUCGUAAUGAGACCAAAUAUUGUUUUUAAAGCCAAAUAAAAGAUUUAGCAAAUGUCCAAUGUACACAAUGGAUUGAAUAGACGUGAAUAAAAUCGCAUCAAUGUCGACCCUAAGGUUUGUGGGAUACAUUAUAAAAAAAAAUGUAUAACAUCAAAUGAAAAAUAAAUAAACACAAAUUUGUACAAGA